CAGGUGGCUGUUGUGGCUCUGAUGUCAAGCAGUACGUGUAUGGAGGCUGGGCCUGGGCUUGGUGGUGCAUUACUGACACCCAAAGACUGUCUUUGGAGGUUAUGACCAUCCUCUGUCGCUGUGAGAAUAUUGAGACGUCGGAGGGGGUCCCACUGUACGUAACAGGGGUUGCACAGGUGAAGAUCAUGACGGAGAAGGAGCUCCUGGCUGUGGCCUGCGAGCAGUUCUUGGGGAAGAACGUGCAGGAUGUGAAGAACGUGGUCCUUCAGACGCUGGAGGGACACUUGCGCUCCAUCCUAGGUACCCUGACAGUGGAGCAGAUCUACCAGGACAGGGAUCAGUUUGCCAAGCUGGUGCGGGAGGUGGCAGCUCCCGACGUGGGUCGCAUGGGGAUCGAGAUCCUGAGCUUCACCAUCAAGGAUGUCUAUGAUAAAGUGGAUUACCUGAGCUCCCUGGGGAAGACUCAGACUGCGGCUGUCCGGAGGGAUGCAGACAUCGGGGUGGCAGAAGCUGAGCGAGAUGCUGGCAUUCGGGAGGCACAGUGCAAGAAGGAAAUGCUGGAUGUCAAGUUCAUGGCAGAUACCAAAAUAGCAGAGUCCAGACGGGCUUUUGAAUUGCAGAAAGCUGCCUUCAGUGAGGAGGUCAACAUUAAGACUGCGGAGGCCCAGCUGGCCUACGAGCUCCAGAGCGCCCGGGAGCAGCAGAAGAUCCGCCAGGAAGAAAUUGAAAUCGAGGUGGUGCAGCGCAAGAAGCAGAUUGAGGUGGAAGAGAAGGAGAUUAUCCGCAUGGAGAAGGAGCUGAUGGCCACCGUGAAGCAGCCGGCCGAGGCCGAAGCCUACCGCAUCCAGCAGAUCGCCGAGGGCGAGAAGGUGAAGCAAGUCCUCCUCGCUCAGGCGGAAGCGGAGAAGAUCCGCAGGAUCGGGGAAGCGGAGGCCUUUGUGAUCGAGGCCAUCGGGAUGGCGGAGGCUGAGCGGAUGAAGCUGAAAGCCGAAGCGCUCCAGCAGUAUGGAGAAGCUGCCCAGCUGGCUCUAGUGCUGGAUGCGCUGCCUGAGAUCGCUGCCAAAGUGGCUGCUCCCCUCUCCAAAGUGGAUGAAAUCGUUAUCCUCAGCGGAGAGAACACCACCACGAUGUCGGAGGUGAACCGUCUGCUGGCUGAGAUCCCUGCCUCCGUGCGUGCCAUCACCGGUGUGGAUCUCACCAAGAUUCCCCUGAUCCAGAAAGCCACCGGAGCCCAGGCAUGAGGCUGGCCAAGCCAAAGCUAGUGAAGAUCACUCCCUGUUAAUGCACUCAGACAUCAACUGCCUUCAACACGUGGGAAUUCCUUUUAUAUCAAAGACAAUCAGAGUUUCAUUUU